AUGCGCUGGAAAGGCCAAGAAAAGUCUGGAGAGAUAUUUCCACUGCACAGCGAAGCUGCAUUUCCCAGCAUGAAGUCACUCCCCAAGCCGGAGCACUCUGCUAUAACUUCUGGUACUGCUGACGGGGAGGAGGAGGAUGCAAAAUUAAUUCAAGGCUCAACAUUAUUUGACCCUGCCGUCGAAAAUAAGAUGACAGAAGUCCUGGAACAGCUGAAGAAGAAAUACCCAAUGGACACAUGCAAAAAGCACCCAGAUAUCCGCCGUGUUCACCAAGAAUCAUCUGCAAAACACUUCAGUGUUGAUCAUAUUGCUCUCAAGUCAUGGGCGGUGGCCAUACUCAAGAAGGAGACAGACAUCGACCAUAUACCACAGAACAAUAUACUCAAGGAUUCUGUUAUCAAAAUGACCCGGAAAAGCACAUCUUCAGUCACAGAAAUCACUAACUCUGCUGGGCCUCUCGCAACUAUCGACCCUAGCAUGAUGCUGGGGAGGCUUAAUCCUACAGUGCUUGGUCAAAUGAUUGGUGCUUCACUCAUGCCAGUAUUUACGAUGCACAGAGGUUUUCCUCCUCAACAUAUCGACACCACUCAUCUCCUUUCCUUACCCAAAACUCCACCUUCACCACCAAAUGCCUCACAAAAUGAUCGUGAGACAUCACCAAUCAGAUUCUGUGAUACUAAAAAUAUCUCAUUGGAAACUUGGGGACAAAAAUAUGGGAUCGCCGCGGACUCUAUGACACUCUUGAAGGAGAUAGGGUUUGUUCCUGGGCAAUCUCUGGAUGAUUUCAGAGAGAGAUAUCCAGAGGAAUACAAGAAUACAGGUUUUAAACCGCUCAAAUGGGAUCGAGUCACCAAGGCGGCAAGAGUUUGGAAGAAAGCGCUUGCUGUGAUGGCUGGGGAAGAUUAA